UGCACUUUUUCAUUUCAGGUCUAUAAGGCAAACUACAGAAAAACAGGAAGGGCCGUUGCCAUUAAGACUAUUGAAAGCUUUUAUAUGGAUCAACCUACGGCGUUUGCUGGUGUUCUCCGAGAGCAACGCAUCCUGCUAUUGGCCAAGAAGGAAAAUUGCCACUUCCUUACUAGAUUAUUCGCCUCUUUCUCUACGGAACAUUAUAUCUGCCUGGCUAUGGAGUUUGUAGAAGGGGGAGACUUGGCAUCCCAUUUGGUCAGAAACGGAAUGUCACAGGAGAGAACUAGAUUUUAUUCUGCCUGUAUUGUACUUGGGCUGCAGUUUUUGCAUGAUCGGAACAUCACCCAUAGGGAUUUAAAACUAGAAAAUGUAUUACUGGAUAGAGAUGGAUACGCCAAAAUUACUGACUUUGGCAUUAGCAAAGAAGGAAUGAGUUUUACAGACAGAAGCCAAACUCAAUGUGGAACUUUGCCGUAUAUGGCCCCGGAAAUGUUUACACAGUAUCCCUACACAAGAUCAGUGGACUGGUGGGGAUUGGGAGUGUGCAUUUACUUAAUGCGCCUCAGUCAGGUAAGUGCACUUCAAUAGAUUCCAUGGUGCUUGCCCAUAGAUUUAGCCCAAGUC